CCCCAGAGGCCCGAGAGACUGGCGCGGGCAAUCCCGGUCCGGGCGAGUCCUUGAAGUCUAUAUUUAGUGCACGCCACCCCUCCCCCCGACUGUCGGGAGGCGGGGGGGAGGGGAGCGCCCCGCCCCCGCCAGGCGUGUGUGUGUCCUGUGUGUUUGGGGCCCGCGCGGGUUGCGCGCCCUCUGCUCUGGCGCCCGCUGCCCCGCGUCCAGGCUGCUGCCCUGCGCCCCUCGCCCAGCCGGGCGUCGCAGGCCAACAUGGGCCAGGAAGAGGAGCUGCUGAGGAUCGCCAAAAAGCUGGAGAAGAUGGUGGCCAGGAAGAACACGGAAGGGGCCCUUGACCUUCUGAAGAAGCUGAACAGCUGUCAGAUGUCCAUCCAGCUGCUACAGACGACCAGGAUCGGAGUUGCCGUCAACGGGGUUCGCAAGCACUGCUCAGACCGGGAGGUGGUGUCCUUGGCCAAGGUCCUCAUCAAAAACUGGAAGCGGUUGCUGGACUCCCCAGGACACCCCAAAGGGGAAAAAGGAGAGGAAAGAGAAAAAGCAAAGAAGGAGGAGAAAAGCCUGGGCUGUUCAGACUGGAAGCCAGAAGCAGGCCUUUCUCCCCCAAGGAAGAAGCGAGGGGAGGAGCCCCCACACAGGAGAGACUCUGUGGACUCCAAGUCUUCCACCACCUCCUCUCCGAAAAGGCCUCCGAUGGAAAGAUCAAACAGCAGCAAAUCGAGAGCAGAGACCCCCAAGACGCCCAGCAGCCCCUCCACGCCCACGUUCGCCCCCUCCGCCUGCCUCCUGGCCCCCUGCUAUCUCACAGGGGACUCUGUCCGGGACAAGUGUGUGGAGAUGCUGUCAGCGGCCCUGAAGGCAGAAGAUGAUUACAAGGACUAUGGAGUCAACUGCGACAAGAUGGCAUCAGAAAUCGAAGAUCAUAUCUACCAGGAGCUCAAGAGCACAGACAUGAAGUACCGGAACCGCGUGCGCAGCCGCAUCAGCAACCUCAAGGACCCCAGGAACCCUGGCUUGAGGCGGAAUGUGCUCAGCGGGGCCAUUUCCGCUGGGCUCAUAGCCAAGAUGACCGCAGAGGAAAUGGCCAGUGAUGAGCUGAAGGAGUUGAGGAACGCCAUGACCCAGGAGGCCAUCCGGGAGCACCAAAUGGCCAAGACCGGCGGCACCACCACCGACCUCUUCCAGUGCAGCAAGUGCAAGAAGAAGAACUGCACCUAUAACCAGGUGCAAACGCGCAGUGCCGAUGAGCCCAUGACUACCUUUGUCUUGUGCAACGAGUGCGGGAAUCGCUGGAAGUUCUGCUGACAGGACCACCGGCCAGGACGGCAGCACACGAGGGAAGGAAGAACAGAGAGCACGCGCUGAGCCACCCGAACUGCAGAAAAAUAAACGUUAAAAUGAAGAACAAUACUGGACUCUGAAUGAGGUAGUGGGGAUCCGAGG